GACCCGAACGGCGGCUGCUGGAAGAGCGAACGCUGCAACGUACACAGGGAUACAGGGGCAGGCCAGCAUAGCAUCACACGCGGUGGAACAACUUCAGGAAUGUUUACGCAUUUUCUUCAUCUCCUUUCCCUGCUGUCGUGGCACUCCUGAAAACAGUCCUUAUGUCCCAGUACAGGGAGGAUAGUCUUCGAGGAGAGGGAACUUGGAGCAAGGUUGCGGAGGAGUUGCACGAAGGAUGGCGGUAGAGGAGCAGCCAAUGCGAGAAGAGGCUGAGCUGGGCAGCGCGGCGCAGGCGGCGCCCCCCCACCGGGGAGGGGGGGGCCUCCCCGUGGGGGGCCGGGGGGGCACCACGCCCCCCGGUGCCAGCACCCCGGCCAAAGGGGGAGUGGGAGGGGGCCAAGACGACGAGCUCACCAGCCUCAGUUGGCUGCAGGACACAAACCUCCUGCGCCGGCUGGCCACCGGCGGGGGCCAGGGGGGCUCCGCCACCGAGGGCGGGGAGGGAGACGAGGAAGAGGAGAGGGGCGACGAGGCCCAGUCGGCCGGAGGCGGGAGCAGCAGCGGGGGAGAGGAGGAGGAGGAGGCAGGGCACAGAUCCCGAGAGUGGGGCCCGCCCGGCCAGGUGCGCUACAACCCGCAGGUGCACGUCAACUCCAAGCCACCCUACUCGUUCAGCUGCCUCAUCUUCAUGGCCAUUGAGGAGUCUGCAGGCAAGGCACUGCCGGUGAAGGACAUCUACGCCUGGAUCCUGGGCCACUUCCCAUACUUCGAGAGCGCCCCCACGGGCUGGAAGAACUCUGUGCGGCACAACCUGUCGCUGAACAAGUGCUUCCGCAAGGUGGACAAGGACCGUGGCCAGAACGUGGGCAAGGGCUCCCUCUGGUGUAUCGACCCGGAGUACCGGCCCAACCUGCUGCAGGCCAUGCGCAAGACCCCCUGCUUCCCCUACACCCAGCUCAGCAGCUGGGGCUCCUCACGGGUCACCCCCCGAUCAGUGCCUUCUUCUCUCAACUGCGAUAGGACGAUGCCAUUGGACUCCACACAGAUCCACACCAAUGUCCCAUCACCAACACUUUUUCCUUUCCUGUCAAAGAGGCUAGCCGCUUCUUCAACGAAAGAUCAGGAUGUGGACGCCGCUGCCACCAUGCUGUCACUGCAGAACGGUCCGAGCAUUCUGAACCCUCCCAGCGACGACGAAGAGGACGGCCAGCAACAGUCGUCUUCGUGCCUGCGAACAAUCAAGAAGAAGCAUCUCAGGCUAAGGAGCAGCGGCUCUGCUUCGACAAACUCCAGCCAUAGCGGUGGUCCGGAGGCCGUCGGAUCGCCGCCUCACCACCGGCUCGGCAACGGGGGCCACUCCCCCGCCGGCCCCACGCCGACCAUCAUCACCAGCAGUCCGAGCGAGGACCACACGUAUAGCGCGUCUCUCGCCAACGGCAACGACGCCUUCCCCUCCGCCAACAACGGCGCGCCGCCCGUCGUGGUCAAGACGGAGCCCGCGAGCUACGACGACGAGUACGACGACGACGCCAACAACAACAGGAGCGUCGGGGUUCGGAGGUUGGCAAGCCUUCCCGCGUCGUCGGUGCCGCCAAGAAAGCGGAAGGCGGCAGCGAUGGCGGCGGCGGCUCCACAGCGCAAGUCUAAGAGGGGGGAGUGGCGGCGGAACGCGUCUGCGAAGGGAGCCUCUCUCUCUGUGGGAGGGCCGGGGAGGAGGGGGGAGGCGGAGGAGAUGGCGGAGGGCGCGCACGCCCUGCUCAACCUCGCCAAGGUGGCGACGAACCAGCAACAGGCGUUGCUGCUCGUGAGCGGGAGGCAGCAAGCGCGGUGAGUCGCACCCCCGCGUCCUCCCUCCGCCUCCUCUCUCUCCUCCUUCCCCGUCGGGGGAAAAAGGCAAGGACUGCUCCUGUGUCUUGCGAAGGUGAAGAGAAACGUGGGAGAAGGGUGUCCGAGAAAAAGAAAUGUGUCAAUGUCCUGUGUUUUUUUGUUUGUUUUUUUUUUUUUUUUUUUUUUUUGGUGACGGGUAGGCUCGUGACGCACCCUGUGCUGUUCGUUGGUUUGGCACCCUUUUGAUAAGUUUCCCGACUUGUUCUGGCAUGCGUGGCGCCGGGCUGUCGGGCAUUGCCUUUUUCCCGCCGGCGUGCUUUGGAAGCUUGUGCCGAAGUUUUGUCGGUGUCACUGCCCGCGACUUGAAGGAAACGACGAGAAAAUGUGUCGGGCCGAACGGUUGCUCUCUAUUUUUCACGUGCACGUUCCUGCUUUAAGUCGAGGCAGUGUUGCGAGGGCCGUGAUCCUCGCAGCAUUGCUUGGUCAUUACGUUUCGCAAAGCGAAAGACCGCGGAACAGUGACAGUCGUAAGCCGUUUGUUUCGGCAGUUCCCUUUUAGCCUCUUUUCCACUUCGCCCUUAGUUACCAUCUCGUUUGUCUCCGUGUUCUCAUCCUCCCGUUCGGCGGUUGUUUGUUUUCCUCGACAAUCUUUGCCCCCUCGCAAUUUUCUCGAGGAAAGGCACAGACGACGACAUCUAGAGACAACAAAGUAGCGAAAGGAAUUUUUUUUUUUUUUGCUGUUUGGAUACGAUUGCAAUAACUCCGGAAGGCACUUUUGUGGGCUUAAACGACCCUCGAAAAACGAGGGAAUGUGAAAGCAUGGUGUAAUACGUUGAGACGAAAGAGAACUGGCGAGGCAGUGCAACGAGAUUAAACGAUUUUGCCGCAGUCGAGCGUUUCCGAGACGGUACCGUGGUUCCGCAACACCAGUACUCGCUGUUGGCAGAGGCACCGCGGUAAGAAAACAAAUCAAUCCUGCCGGUUCUUUUUUUUAGGUUGAUAGUGGAGUUGUAGAAGUCCCCCAACGAAAAAUGCUCACAUCUGUCUCGUCUCGCGAGCCGAGGACCAGUUGCAGACGACACAGAGAAGCCCCGGCGCUGUAAUAUAAUAUAUACAGACACGACUUGGCAUAUAAAUACUGCAGACAAGCUAUAUAAAUAUAUAUAUAUAUAUACAUACGACACGUGUCCCUCUAAUAUGCAUAUACUUUGUAAAGACAACAGUUUGGAGGAGAGGAGAUGUACAUGUGUACCACUACAAGGCAGUGCAGGCAGCGACGACAAGCUUUUCGACGCAUUUCGUCUCAACGGCACCCAUUCUGGUUUCCUUUUUAGCACGUGGCAAGCUAACCUCUAUUUUUUUUUUUUGAUAAUGCUUCCGCUUAUGGUGGGUAUUAGCAGACGGAAAGUUAGGAACAAUCGGCUUUUUUGUCUUGCAGAGAUCUGUGUAGAAUGUUAUUCCUCUUGCUCUAUGUUUGGAAGUACAUGUGAGAAUGAAACAGAGUGUAUCUCUAUGCAGAAAGGCUGCCCCAUGUUUUAACAAAAGUAAUUGCGCUUUGUGAAUCUUUUCUUUUUUGCACAGUAACACCCGUAGAAAUGUUAUUCUUUUCCGGACAAAGCUGGCGAUACUUCUAAAUACAUGUUGUAGUAGGAGCAUUUGUUCAGUUCCCAGACUGUCGACAAAAGUUGCUGAGAAUGCCUGCGCGGUGUUAAAGAUACACUGCCUUAAAGUUAGUUUUUUUUUUCUUUUUCAGGCAGGUCUCAUGACCUUGAGAUUGUCAGACUAUGGGCACGCUUAUGUUUUACCGUUGGCGCCACAACACCCGUUGCGUAUCUCCUAGGGGGUGCUUUGGUUGUCAUCGUGGACACGGAGCCGCAAGACCUCUGUCGUGCGAGUACCAAAACGCAGCACAUCACGUGCUGUAGAAUUGCUAUGCCAGACACCGGCGAUAGUCUAGAUGCCCUUCGUCAGUUCGGCACAGAGUACGAAACUGGUAAGAUGAAGGCCCGGUGGCUUCAUGCCGACUCAACUAUCCAGGAGAUGAGACGAAAUGUGUGGUUACUACAGUAGUGCAUGGGAUCUCCAAGUACUGUUUCCCCAAUUUGAGAAAAUGUUUUAGUAGAUCCAAGUCGCCCAUUGAUGGACAGUUACGAGCUAAAUGCCCCCUACUGUGCACGUUACCUUUUUACGAGGUCGAAGGCUUCUUACUUGCUUUAUUGCGCUUCGGUGUCGAGACUGUCGUUCAAAAGACGGGGGUUCCUCGAGAUCGUAAGGUUCGAGCAUCGCUGCAGUAGUGUAUCGUUUUUUGUGCAAAUCUCCUUGGAGGCUUUCACUUACCGUUUGGUGUUUUAACGUUUCCGGCGAAGACGCAAUCUCGCUAAAACCUUGCCUUUGUAGUGAGAUGAGGCGUGUCGUGCGAGUGCCGUCACUACCACGAGUUGUCGCCAUUUCUACCGACGGUUCCAUCGUACGGUGUAAUUUUGCUUCCACUCUGGUGGGGGUCAUAGUUGCGGAGCGAAACACGAAACAUCUAUACCUAAAACAAGCGGCACUCUGUGCUCAAGCAAUGCGAGCUGUCGCAACACAGUAUUGAAACUGCCCCAUGGAAAAAAAAGAAAAAAAGAAAAAGUAUGGCCUGCCAAAACUGGUACCCCGUCGACCUUCACGAGUUUGUGCAGACUAGUUGACCAUUUGUCGUGGCGCACGACGACCUGUACGUACCUCAGUCCUAGAAGCCGGCACGCAUUUUUUCCCAGUGUAUAAACGUUUUCUCUUCGAAACGCCGGCGUCUUGGGCUCCGCGAGAAGAAACCUGUGCCAAAAGCAAACUACAGCGAAAUCUGCAAUAACGGGAACAUAGUCAAACCCCAGUACCAGUGCUUCCCUCCCCCCCCCCCCACACACACCCAUCCUUAGGGGCCACGGAAUCGCCCGUCUGUAACAUACCGUAACUAUGCGCGUCGCACCCUUGCGGAUCUUUGCAGCAUCGAAAGAAGGCAAACGGUCUUCGCCGACGUUUACUGUAAAUAGGACUUUCCCGUCGAGCAAACGUGUUUUGGAGAGACGACACUAUGCAAUAACCGCUUUGGAGUUUUAUUCCCCCUUCCCCCUCGCCACCCUUGGUCACCACCCCCCCCCGUCUACAGACCUGGACACGUUUGGUGUCCGGAAGUUUCCCCACAACGACGGGCGUCUUUAGGACGGAGCGCUCAAAAGGUAAUUCUGUCGUUUUCGAAAGCCGGCACCCUCCGUUGUUCUCUUGCGCUCGACACGUGUGUUUCGCACCGGUGGCAUUUGGAGAGGGCAGGUGUUGGUGUCACUAGCUAGCAAUAACACUGAAGCAAUCACGGUUGUUGUGCGAAGGGUCCCACGUCUCUGUUGCAUCUUGCGAUGAAACGAAUAGCUUUCGUCGCAAACAUAAUUUCUAACCUGAACAGUAGUGUCCUUUAUUUUCCAGUCUUUUUUUUUAAUGACAAUGGUGACAUUUGCGUUCUAUGCCCCAUGGGUAAUUUGUAGGGCAUCCCUAUGCAUGGAACCUAACCGUUUUCCGCAAUUCCAUUUUUUUUUUGCUUUGUUGAUGUUUAGAGAGUGUCCUGUCGUACGGGUGUUUGGGUCGCCUGCUUUCCGGUGGCGCGUUUGGAUAGAUCUGUUUUUAAGAAAAGAAAAAUAAUGUUGUGAAGCAAUACAUAUGUUUUAAGCACCCUGUGUACUUUGCAAAACAAGAAUUUCAUUUGUCUUUUUCUUUUUUUUUACGGUACAACUUGAUGGAGGAAGCGUGCGGGAAGAAAGGUUGUUAGCCACUUUCUGUGGGCGGGCACAUUUCUUGCCGGGGAGGUAUGCGUUUCACACGUGGCGCACCACCGUGUUGUUGUGUUUGACGCGUUUGUUGACGACGACGCAGGGAGGGGGUUUCGGCGGACAGAGUUCCGAGAGGCAGAACCUCUCCCGCCCCCUCCCUAUUUUUCUGUAUAACUUGUGUAAAUAGGUCUCUAUACUCUUGUUGAAAGAAAGUUGCGUGCACCUUUUUCUAAGAGCGAAAGAAAAACUCUGCUCGUGCGGUUUUGCUUCUUUUUUUUUUUUUCUUUCCUCACUCGGAAUUUUUGGCGCCGCAGUUUUACGUGUUGCGACGGCCAACGCCAAUUGCCAAACCACAUUUGACGCGGCGAGGAAUGAAAAGUGUGUACUUUGUAUUUUUAGAUAGAGAGAAAGUUUGUUUUCCUCUUCUUUUUUUCCCCCAUCCGUUUUUUUGAGACGAGAAAGUCUAUUUCAAUAAAUAGAGAAGUGUAAGAGGGUGCACAUUCA